UCGAUCGAGUUGUUUUUGAAGGACAAUUGUCAUUUGGCAAAAGAUUUUAAAUUUAUUUUACUAAAAUCCUAAAAUCAUGAAGAAGCAGAUUGUUAAGGAGGUAAUAACUGUAAAGAAGGUGCGAUAUCUGCCUAGAGAGGAGCCACCACCACCUCCGCCACCACCGCGACAAGUACUUGUAGUAGGUCGCUGUACGCUGGAUGUUAUCAAUAUAUGCAAUGAAGAACCUAAGCCCGGCAUGAUCGAACGCACUGAUGAGGGUUUCUUUCGCCUCGGCGGCUAUGCUGCGAAUUCAUGUUGCGUAUUGCGGCGUUUGGGGACCGCUUGUGCGUUUCUUGGACAGCUGACCAAAGCGCCCGCGUUCGAAAACUUGAUGAAUAGUUUCCAGGCCAUGGACAUUGACAUUUCUAACUGCCCGCGCAACUGCCAACAGCCACCGCAUCGCAUCAUCGUCGCUGUGUGGAACAAGGCGGAGCAGACAACCGUGGAGUAUACGAAUCAUCAUCACGAGCUCACCUAUCAGCAAUUCGUGGGCGCCGUUGACUACCGCAAAUACUGCUGGAUACACUUUGAGUCUCGCAACACCGGGGAAACGAUUCGCAUGGUGCGCGCUGUGCGAGCUUAUAAUGAGCGCAGUCCAGACGCUAAUAUCUUGUUGUCGGUGGAUCUGGCCGACAUGCGACCACAUAGCUGCCUUAUGGCCGCCUUAGCAGACUAUGUGCUUGUCCGAAAACAGGUAAAGGUUGACAAUGGCUAUAUGAAUGGUCGAGAGACAGUGUGGGGAGUCCGUGAUGCCAUGACUGUCGCGCGCAAGCGCUGGCAAAGUAAGCAACCAAAGAAGACCCCAUAUACAACAGAAGAUAUGCCAGGAUUGAACCCGGAUACCAACACGUUGUAUCAACCAAUAAUAAUCUAUGACAACUAUGAAGAGGGAUCCAGUUGUCUAAUGCCCGACAACAAAUAUUUCAAGGUUGGUCCCCACAAGGCACAACAAAUCGUCGAUCCAAUUGGCGAAGAAGAGACCUUUGUGGGUGCCUUCAUCUAUGCGAUGCAAGGGGACAAAAUGUCAUUGCGGGAUGCCAUAGAAUAUGCCACACGAGCUGCUUGCUUUAAGGUAUCCAUAUUUGGCUUCGAUAAAAUGCGCUGCAUGCCCAAGGAUCUCAUUAGUUGUUAUCAUGCUUGAUGCUGAAUAUUCUA